AUGCCGGCACACCUGCAUCUGGCGCUGCUCGCCUCUCUCUUGGGAGGCGCCUCUGCUGCUGGACUCUAUACCAAGAGCUCUCCUGUGCUUCAGGUAGAGACUAAUAAUUAUGACUCGCUCAUUGCCAAGUCAAACCACACAUCUAUCGUAGAAUUUUACGCUCCAUGGUGCGGUCACUGUCAAAACCUGAAACCCGCCUACGAAAAGGCCGCAAAGAGCCUUGAGGGCUUGGCCAAAGUAGCAGCAGUCAACUGCGAUGAAGACGAGAACAAACCUCUCUGCGGACAGAUGGGUGUACAGGGCUUCCCGACUUUGAAAAUCGUAGUUCCUGGAAAGAAGCCCGGAAAGCCGCGUGUAGAGGACUAUCAGGGCCAGAGAUCUGCGAAAGCUAUCGUGGACGCUGUCGUUGAUAAAAUCCCCAACCACGUUAAAAAGCUGACAGACAAGGAUUUCGAUAGCUGGACAACAGCAGACGAGUCGCCCAAGGCCAUUCUAUUUACCGAAAAGGGCACUACCAGUGCCCUCCUUCGUUCACUCGCCAUAGACUUUCUCGGAGGACUCCAGCUCGGCCAGAUUCGAAGUAAAGAAUCGGAGGCGGUGGAAAAGUUGGGCAUCACUUCCUUUCCAACCUUGGUACUUCUUCCAGGCGGCGAGGCCGAUCCAAUAAUAUACGAAGGCGAAAUGAAGAAGAAGCCCAUGCUUGAAUUUCUAAGUCAGGCAGCCCAACCCAACCCUGAUCCAGCUCCUUCGAGCCUUAAAAAGAAAAAGGCAAAAGGCUCGUCAAAGUUGACCGAAAAAGAUAGCAGUCAACAGACAGAAUCGCCAAAGCCAAACGUUGAAGUGACCGAGGAGGAGAAACCAGUAGCAGUGCCAGUCAAGGCCCCCGAAGUCAGCGAACUUUCUACCCCGGAAGAUCUUGAGUCUGCAUGUCUUACUCCAAAGUCUGGCACAUGCAUCUUAGCUCUUCUCCCUGAGACUCAAUCCCCGGAUUCCGAACUUCCCGACGAUGCGAAAGAAGCCCUGGCCACUGUUUCAGAACUAUCCCACAAAUUGGCCGCUCAUCGACUUCCAUUUUAUAGUGUCCCUAGCAUCAACUCUUACUCAAAGGUGCUCCGCUCUCAACUGGGCCUGUUGGAAGAGAGUGGCACGGAGCUCAUUGCUGUUAACGGCCGACGAGGCUGGUGGCGCCAUUACACACAAACCGAGAAGGACGGCUUCUCCCUCCAUGCUGUUGAAAAUUGGGUCGAUAGUAUCAGACUGGGUGAAGGGGCAAAAUCUAAGUUGCCCGAGGGUGUUAUUGUCGAAGACAAGCAACAAGACCCUGAAGAUGAGACGCCAGCGGAAGAAAAAGAGGCGACCCAUGAUGAACUAUAA